AUGGAUAUGUAUCCAUUAUAUUAUUCUAAAUUAAAUAAUAACGUAGUUAAAGAAUUAAAUUAUUUAAGUAAAACGAGACAAAUGAAUAAAAUUAAUGAGGAAGAAAUAAGUUUUAAUAAAGAAUGUAAUUAUAAACUAUUUUUCUUUAUAGUUCAACUACAACAGAAACUAAAAGACAUUGAAAAAGAAAAUGAAAAGUUAAAAUAUUUAUUGAAAAAAUAUAACAGGGAAUCAAUUGAGAAUGACAACAAAAUCAUAAAAAGGGUUUUGUUAGUAAUCAGCAGCAUAAUUUUUAUUAUUAUUUUUUUUUUAUUUUAA